UCCCCGCCAAAAUUUCCCAUCGCCUGCAUCAAUUCAUUUUGUGGAUUCGGCUGAGGGUUCUUCGAACGGGAAUUUCUCUGAUACCUCACUCUUUUUGUACUCGAAAGGCUUCGCGACGAAGCUCUAUAUAUUUUCUCCCUACGGCCCUCCUUGGAGAGAAUCGAAAAAUUCAUACACACGAAAGCUGCACAGAACCGACGCUCGUCUCCAACACGCCAUGCCGAAAUUCGUGCCGCGGCAGCGCAAACACAAAGUCCUCGCGCGGCAAAAGCUCAACACCGACAAUGGACUAGAUGUGAACAAUGGAGCUGCGGGAGCGGAAGCGCAGGAUGCGAAUGCGCUCGAGAUACUGCCGGCGCAGCAGCGGGAGCGCGAGGAGCGCAAGCAGAAGAUUAAAGACGAGCUGGUGGAACAGCAGCGUGGGAAGAUGAGUGGGAAGAAAAAGAAGAGAUUGGAUAAAUACAUUGACACGAAACUCAAGAAGGAAGAGAACCUUGCACUACUGAAGAAGCUAGCUGCGCAAAAAAUCGAUACGAGUCUAUUCCGUAGCUCGACGAAACUGGGUCGUGCCCACGAUACGAAGCGAGAAACGUUGAGGCGCGCGCUUGCGGAGACGAAGGCUGGAAUCGAUGUGGAGAAGAAUGAAAGUAUUCUGCUGCAGAAGAGGAAGAUACCCGAGGGCGAAGCGCCGACUCGAGACGAGGAAGAAGAGGAAUCUGACGAAGACGAGGCAGCGGACGAACAUGUACCGUCGGUUGCUGCACCUUCGAUACGGAAUAAAUCGAAAAAACGGGAUAGGUCGCCCUCGAUGCCGGCUGAGGAGACAUCUGCGGUGACAUCUGUGAAGGAGGACGGGGCACAACCGCCGGCGAACCCUUUCUCAGGAGCUGGCCUGUUUGGCGGUGGGCUCAAGAGACCACUGGAGCUUGAUGAUGAGGGGAAGCCGAUUAUACAAACCAGAAAACGACGGAAAGGACCCAAACAAGCGGUGGCAGUGGAAGAAGAGGUUGAAUGGGAAGGCUUCAGCUCAGAUGGAGAAGAUAACGAAGAUGAGGAUUCCGCAUCCGGAUCAGACCAGUCUGACGAGGAAGGUUCUCAAGACGCAGAAUCGUUGUCAAAUUCCGAUGAGUCAGAAACGAGCUCAGGAGAAGAAAGCGACAGCGAUAGCCAAACAAGCUCAGACGGGGACAGAAAGGUCGUGAGAAAGGAGCGAGCAUCAGCAUUCAAAGCAUGGGCUACACAACAGCGGAACGAGGCUGUCGGAUUCGUUCCCACCAACAACCUGACGCACGCGAUGCCAGCUAAACCAGCCAACUUCACACCGCGCGCCCCCGAACAGGAUCCGCUGCCUGCGGAGCUUCAAUCAAAUACCGCAACUGAUACUACGAGGAAAGCAUUCAGUGUUACGGUGGACCGAACGCCCGAGAUCCAAGAAGCAAGGUUACAGCUCCCUGUAGUCGCCGAAGAACAAAAAAUUAUGGAAGCUAUACAUAACAACGACGUUGUGGUGGUGUGGGGAGCUACUGGUAGUGGAAAGACCACGCAGGUACCUCAGUUUCUGUACGAAUCAGGUUAUGGUGCUCCAGACGGACCGACACCAGGCAUGAUUGGCGUCACACAGCCGCGGCGAGUGGCUGCUGUGAGCAUGGCAAAGCGUGUUGGUGACGAAUUGGGAAGCGACAAGAACAAGGUGGCGCACCAGAUCCGAUUCGAUACCACGACGAGCGCAAAAACGGCGGUCAAGUUCAUGACGGAUGGUGUCCUCUUGCGAGAAAUAUCGCAAGACUUUGUUUUGACCAAGUAUUCUGCUAUCGUCAUCGACGAGGCACACGAGCGGAGCGUCAACACCGAUAUCCUAAUUGGCAUGCUGAGUAGGAUCGUGGAUCUACGAGCUGAAAUGGCGCGUACAGACAAGAAGACCAAACCACUCAAGCUCAUCAUCAUGUCUGCUACGCUGAGGAUCUCGGACUUUACAGACAACAAGCGGUUGUUUCGACAAGGUCCUCCGCCGUUGAUGAAGGCAGAGGGCAGGCAGUUCACUGUGACGAACCAUUUCGCCCGUCGAACACAACGAGAUUAUGUCGAGGAGAUGUUCAAGAAAGUUUGCAGGGGUCAUCGCAAGCUCCCUAAAGGCGGCAUGCUAGUGUUCCUUACCGGCCAGAAUGAGAUUGCCCAGCUAUCAAAAAGACUCAAGGAGGCUUUCUCUUCGACUCAAGGGCCUGAUGUUAAACUCGGCAAGGUGCAAAUCUCAGCUGAGGAGGCGCCUCUCGAAGAGGAGGAUCUGGAACUUCAGGAGCAAACGCAAGAUUUCGAAGACGAUGAUGGGUCUGAUUCUGACGGCUCCAUAAUGGGAGCAGACAACGAAGACGAUGAAGAAUUCGACAUUGGGGAAGAUGACAGCGAAGAGAAGGAUACCAAAGUUCAUGUGCUACCACUCUACUCACAACUUUCUACAAAUCAACAGCUGCGUGUAUUUGAGCCGCCGCCGGAUGGGUCACGCUUGAUUGUUUUGGCCACCAACGUUGCAGAAACGAGUUUGACUAUUCCGGGCGUUCGCUACGUAUUCGACUGUGGGAGAGCAAAGGAAAAGAAGUUUGACCGCAUCACUGGCGUUCAGAGCUUUGAGAUCGGCUGGAUCAGUAAAGCCAGUGCCAACCAGCGUGCUGGUCGUGCCGGUCGUACAGGACCCGGUCAUUGCUAUCGACUUUACUCGUCUGCUGUUUUCGAGCGAGACUUUGAAGAGUACGCUGAGCCUGAGAUUAUGCGCACGCCGCUCGAGGGCGUUGUUCUGCAGUUGAGGAGUAUGGGGGCUCCAGUUGUCAACUUUCCUUUCCCUACACCCCCCGAUCGCAGCAGCCUCCAGAAAGCCGAGAAUCUCCUCUCCUAUCUCGGUGCUCUAUCGCCAGACGGCAAAGUAACCAAACUCGGCCAAGAGCUCUCCUUAUACCCGCUCAACCCGCGCUUCGCUCGCAUGCUGGUUAUGGGUCUCGCGCAGAAUCUGGCCCCUCAGACGAUAGCCCUCGUCUCUGCUCUUUCAGUUCCUGAACUCUUCGUGUCAGAGAGCAAACUCAACCUGCGGUCGCCUCCCCCAGAAGAUCCAGACACGAUCCGCACGGAACAAGCUAAUCUCGAAGCCACGCAACGCAGCGAGCGCCGAAAAGCCUUCAAUGCCGCACAAGCUAAACUCAGCAUAAACGCCAACAAAAGCGACUGCAUCAAGUUAAACAACGCGGUCUGCGCUUACGCCCACGAGGCCGACCCCUUCGCCUUCUGCAGCACCAUGUUCCUCAAUUCCAAGGCGCUUAACGAAGCAAGUCAAUUGCGACAACAACUCACCUCCAUCGUCCGCGCACAUCGCCCUACCACAUUCCCGACUGGCUACAGCCCACGCCUCCCACCACCCUCCUCCGCAACCGUCAACCUCCUCACCCAAAUCUGCGCAGCUGGGUUCAUCGACCACGUCGCCAUGCGCGCCGACCUAGCCCCCUCUCCACCCGAACUCCCCCGCAAACCCAAAACAGCAAUCGAUGUCCCCUACAUCACUCUCUUCCCCUCGCACAUCCGUUCGUCCCCCAAAUCCACAGACCCCGAAUCCGCAAAAUAUGUCUUCCUUCACCCCUCCUCCCUCCUUAACCGCACCCCACCAGCGAAAAUGCCCGGAUACAUUAUCUACUCGCACCUCCAGCGCGCUUCUAAUUCCCUUUCUAAACACCCGAAGACGAGAUUUCAUCCGCUCACGCCGAUUACGAGACCGCAGCUUAUCAACAUUGCGCUUGGGACCCCAUUGCUGGAGGUUUCGAAGCCGAAGGGGAAGGUUGUUGAUGUGGAUAAGGAGUGUAGGGAGUGUGAGGUUGAGAUGGCACUGGUUGGCGGGAAAGGAGGUGGUGUUGGGUGGGGGUUGGGUGUUCGACGGGUUUUGCAGAGGAAAGAUGGGAUGGGGGGUUGGAGGGUUGAGAAGGUUUUGGGGUGA